UAAUAUUGCAAUAAUAUUAUAUAAUCAUAUUUUAUACUUUAUAUAUUAUAUAUCUUAUAUGUAUAUAAGUAACGUAAAAAUAAUGAUAUCUUACAAAACGGUGUUGAACGCAUUGGAUGACGAAGACCCAGCAACGGGUGAGACAGAGGAGGUAGAAAACAAUGAAAAUUUCGUUGGACUGGACACCAACAGUGUAACCAAUUUAACAGGAAACAGUACCACCAAUAAGCGACGGAGACUUGAUGGUGAUCGUGAACUGCAUAUGGAAUUAUCAAAAGCUUUGAUGCAAUCGAUUAACUUUGCCCAGCCUUUUUGCGUAAACGUGGAAUUAUCAAAAUUUGCCACCGUACCGGAAAACGCCACCACACUCAAAAAUGCCGUUACGCACUUCACAAGAUUUAUGCAGAGCGAGCUACAUGCAAUUAAUGACGAAGAUGCACGAAACGAGGUCAUACAUUGUUUAUUCAAAAUGCUCUUUUAUGCUAGACGCAAAUUUGCGAAUAAAUACAAGCAAUAA